CCCGGGCUGGGCUCUCUUUUAUAAAGGGCCCUUGCUAGACGUUGUCCCCCCACUUCGAAUCUGCUUCUCAGCUCCUUCUCGAACCUGUGUCGGGUCCCUCCACUGCCUCCCAGUAGCCUUCACCAUGUCGUCUGUCAGGGUGACCCAGAAGACCUACAAGGUGUCCUCUGGCCCCCGGGCCUUCAGCAGCCGGUCUUACACCAGCGCGCCCGGCACCCGCAUCAGCUCCUCGGCCUUCUCCCGGGUGGGCGGCAGCAGCAGCAGCUUCCGGGGCACCCUGGGCACCGGCAUGGGUAUGGUCGGGGGCUUCAGUGGGGCAGGAGGUGUCGGGGGCAUCACGGCCGUCACGGUGAACCAGAACCUGCUAAGCCCCCUGAAGUUCGAGGUGGACCACAACAUGCAGGCCGUGCGCACCCAGGAGAAGGAGCAGAUCAAGACCCUCAACAACAAGUUUGCCUCCUUCAUCGACAAGGUGCGGUUCCUGGAGCAGCAGAACAAGAUGCUGGAGACCAAGUGGAGCCUUCUGCAACAGCAGAAGACAUCUCGCAGCAACAUGGACAACAUGUUCGAGAGCUACAUCAACAACCUCAGGCGGCAGCUGGAGAUGCUGGGCCAGGAGAAGCUGAAGUUGGAGGCAGAGUUGGGCAGCAUGCAGGGGCUGGUGGAGGACUUCAAGAAUAAAGCGUACAUGAACAAGGUGGAGCUGGAGUCCCGCCUGGAGGGGCUGACGGAUGAGAUUAACUUCCUCAGGCAGCUGCAUGAAGAGGAGCUCCGUGAGCUGCAGGCUCAGAUCUCGGACACGUCCGUGGUGCUGUCCAUGGACAACAGCCGCUCCCUGGACAUGGACGGCAUCAUCUCCGGGAUGCAGAACAUGAGCAUCCACACGAAGACCACCAGUGGCUACUCCGGUGGGCUGACCUCCAGCUACGGGGGCCUCACGAGCCCUGGCCUCACCUAUGGCCUGAGCUCCCUGCAGUCCAGCCUCAGCCCAGGCGGGGGCUCCAGCUCCUUCUCCCGCUCCAGCUCCACCAAGGCCGUGGUGGUGAAGAAGAUCGAGACGCGGGACGGGAAGCUGGUGUCCGAGUCUUCCGAUGUCCUGUCCAAGUGAAUGCCUCUGUGACCCUUCACAGCCUGUCCCCGCCCCUGCCUGCCCAGAGCUGUGCAGGGCCACCAAGGGAACGGGAGACCGGAGGAUUGGCCCAGGCCUCAGCCCACCCUGUGGGAAUCAACUACUUAGCGGGGAGUACCCCCUUUACCCAUGACCCCCCAAUGAAAGCCAAUGGUCUUUUGUAAAAUAAAACCUGGCAACUUACGUACACAUA